UGGUAGUCGAAGGGACAUUUCCACUUUCUUUUCUUCAUCUUUUUUCUAUUUUACCUUUACUUUCUCACCUAUACGACCGCGGGCUCGGUUUAUUGCUCGUAUCCUUUCUUUAUAAUACCCGUAUUUCGACAAUGGGCAAGUUAAUCAAGAACCACUGGGCGCGCCUCGUCAUCCUCACGGCUGCUGCGUACCAAAUAGGAGCUGCACUCGAAUGCUUCUUCUGGCCCAAGAUCUUCUGGGACUUCGCUACCAAGAACCUUGAUGGCGCCGUAAAGCCCAUCCCCGUAUUGCAGGUCAUCAACAUGGUCCUCGGCUUCAUCGGUCUGGCAUGGGAAUGGCCGUUGCCGCUGCUCGCUGGUACCGGACUGCACCGCUCGAUUGAAGCGCGCUUGAUCAUCUACCCGCUCAGUGCGCUGUGUGCGCUGUUGAUCUACCAAGGCACCAACUCGGGACUCUACUACAUCAUCGGCAUGGGAGCGUACUUUUGGGCGUUUAGCGAAGGCGAGGUCGUCUGCCCUGAGCCAUGGACUCUCCCCAAGCGUGGUUCUACAGCCCGUAAGAUGACCGCAUAGUCUGGCCCUUCCGUAGACAGCAACAACAAUGCACCUCAACUUCGCUUCUCAACAAACCUAUACCCCACCUCCGCCUUUCCAUGUACAAAUGUCCACGUAGACGACGUACCACUCCCAUAUCUCUGGCAGACCACCCACCAUGAUUUAGCGAUUU